AAAUGAAUUCGAAGCUUGUGUUGACUGCAGUGGCGCUUCCACUGCUCGCCGUGGUGGUGGCGCUCGCCACCACCGGCGUAUUUACUCCGCCGCAGGUGCGAGGUUCGCUCGACAUUCUCCCUCAGGCUGAGAGGAUCCAUCUCACUGAAGCUGUGGGACCGGAGAGCCUGGUGUUUGAUCCCAGCGGGGGAGGGCCGUACACUGGAGUUGCUGAUGGUCGAAUUCUCAAAUUGAGCGGCGGAGAUUGGGUGGAAUUCGCCGUCACUUCCCGACGAAGGGAAGAAUGCACUCAACCAUUCAAUCCAGCAAUGGAGCACGUAUGCGGAAGGCCACUCGGACUACGGUUUCAUCCAAAAACUGGUGAUCUUUACAUUGCUGAUGCGUAUCUAGGCCUCCAAGUCGUAGGGCCAGCAGGAGGUCUGGCCACACAGCUAGUAACAGAAGUGGAAGGCCAACCAUUGCGCUUCACCAACGACAUGGAUAUCGAUGAUGACAAAGAUGUGAUUUACUUCACAGAUUCUAGCACACAAUUCCACAGAAGGGAAUUCAUUCCUUCGAUCUUAACAUCCGAAAAGACAGGAAAGCUGAUGAAAUACGGCAUCUCCAGCAAACAAGUGACAGUUUUACUACGCGGGCUUGCUUUCGCCAACGGUGUAGCCCUGAGCAAAGAUCGUUCUUUUGUCUUAGUAGUCGAAACCACGACACGCAGAGUGCUGCGGUAUUGGCUCGAAGGCUCCAAUGCCGGGCAGCACGAAGUUUUCGCCGAGCUGCCAGGCUUUCCAGACAAUGUUAGAAGAAAUCCCAAAGGUGAAUUUUGGGUGGCUCUGCACUCAAAGACAGGACUCUUUUCUAAAUACGCUACUUCUUGGUCAUGGCUCGGACACUCCAUGUUAAAGCUGCCUCUCAGCUUCCCACAACUACAUUAUCUGUUGGUGGGAGGUAAGCCUCACGCGACAGCAGUAAAGCUGAGCGAAAAGGGGGAAAUCUUGCUGGUUCUAGAAGAUGUGGAUGGUAAAACUUUGAGGUUCAUCAGUGAAAUUGAGGAGAGGGAUGAUGGGACUCUGUGGAUUGCUUCUGUCUUGAUGCCUUAUAUUGGGAUUUACAAAUUGUGACAAAUCCAGAGUCAGUCUUGAAGUAAGGGGUUUGGAUUAGCAUUUAGCAGAUGAAGUGGAAUUUGAAGAAGCAAAACAAGUGGCAUGUUUGAUCCAUGCAAGAACAAGGACAAGGGGACAUCUGUCUUAUUCCUUUCAGGUCAGCUCUGUGGGUUUUCUUGAAAUGUGCACUACCCACCCACCCUAUUAUUAUCUAUCUAUCUGCAUGGUUGGAUAUAUGUGCCUGUUAUUAGUGGACAUUCCCCAUUUCUUGUUUGAAUUAUUAUAAUGGACUUGGUUUGGUUUAUUUAUGUAGGGAUUGUAUAACUGUGUUUCUAAUUAUUGGAUUUGUUUGAUUA